GCCAUAACAUUAGUGUUACGAUGUUGGGAGAAUCCCAGCUUUAGAAGUGAAUUCCCUGACCCUUGCACUAGAGGUUUGUCUUGGAGUUGUUUGGGUUAUUUCUGUGUAAUGAAAGAAAAGGGGAGAUGCUUCCUCCUGCUGCAGGCUUGCUCUGCAGUGCUUUGGGCCAGAUGUCCCUGCCCGUUUGCUGUCACUAUUCUCAGCCUUUGAGUGUUUACAUCUUUUGGGACAGGCUGUUAAAAAAUGAGUCAAACAGUAAACCAAGCUUUUCUGGACAAGGUAACCUUCAAAGGGCAGCGGGAAACCUGGCACACUCGGGUUUGCCUCCUCAGUAAAAGCAGCUAUGGUAGUUUGUGUUGCACUGAGGUUUGCUUAGUCCUUGUUAGGCAUUCCAUGAUUAUCAAUCAGGUCAGUGUGGCGUGGCUUUUGUGAGAUGCAGAAGGCUCUCGUCACACUGCUUUUCCCACCCUCGUGUGACAAAGUUCAGGUGUUUGCAGAGACACCUGCGUGCUCCCUCUGGGUCAGAUGGCUCAGGUGUGAGCGGGACACACUUGCUGGCUUGCUUUCCUCAAAACCCCAGGCCAAACCCAUUCUCCUUCCUGAAACUGGAGCCUGCUGUUUGACUUGGGAUGUGUUGCAAACAAUCCAGCUACUGCAGUUUAAUAAUUUACCACGUAUCACUGGACAUGUCACAUCACGAAGUUGCUUUCCCCUUUCUGUCUGGAGCUAAACUCUCACACAGUGGUGUAUGUAUCAGCUGAGGCAGAGUAAUUCAUUAAGCCUGUGGUUAUCUGUGUGCACCCUGAAUUGAUGCCUCACCUACCCACGUAACCUUUGGUACUUUGACAGUAAAUGCACACAAGAGUGCUGGGCUGGGCGCAGCGAUGUCCAUCAUCUUGGAACAACCUUCAGAAGGUGAGACAGAAUUUAGAAGAGAACCUGCUGACAUGUGCAGAAGGCCAAAGACGCCAGCAUCUCUAUCUGCAUCAUGAACGGAGCUGAAAAGGUAGAGAGGUGACAAGCUGGUGGCGUCUUUGCUGGGGACAUCCGGAGCCUUCAAAGCCGGCCCUUUUCAGGUUUCUGACCAAAGGGCCUGGGAGCUCCCUCCACUGGCGCUGUGGGAAGCUUUAGCCAAUCCAAUGCACCCUGACAACAAACUGCCCAGCCAUGGCAAGGCAGGCAGCAGCGGUGCCCCGGCCCAGCACCACAACGUGAGCCAAGCACCCCCCUGCAACCUGGGCUCUAAGGGUGUGGGGGCAGGCAGCCAUGGCGGCAAGGCCACUCAGAUCUCCCCUGGCAACUCUGGACUGAAAAACAGCCAGAACACUGUCCCAAACUUCAGCUCCUUGAAGGGCAAGGUGAAACGGGAACGAAGCAUCUCGGUGGACUCUGGAGAACAGCGAGAAGCCAGCACCCCUUCACAGGACACGGAAUCAAAAGGUGAGGUGGCUCCCCGUAGCAAGCGACGGUGUGUGCUGGAAAGGAAGCAGCCAUACAGUGGGGACGAAUGGUGCUCUGGACCGGACAGUGAGGAAGACGACAAGCCCAUCAGCAGUGCACACAACUGUAAUGUAGCAGAUCCUGCGAUGUCCACGGCCUCACAGCUUGGCCCAGGGUCCAACCCGCUGCCGAACCUGAACGAGACCAGCUCCUCCAGCGUGCCUCAUGCUGCUGCGCCCGGCUUGCGGUCCGACGCUGCAGGCGGCGGGCCGGGAAAGCUGCCCUCACAGUUCGUUUACGUCUUCACAACACACCUCGCUAACACAGCUGCAGAAGCUGUCCUGCAGGGCCGAGCUGACUCCAUUCUGGCCUACCAUCAGCAGAACGUUCCACGAGCAAAACUAGACCAGGCACCAGCUCCUAAAGUGCUGGGGGUUGCCGAGCCACUUCCCAUUAACCCUCCUGCUGCCAACACUCCACAGUCCCAGCCACCACCGGCACCUCAAGCGAGUCAGCCGCAGGCACAGCCCGCCCCGCCGCAGCCCCCAUCUCAGACCAUGAGUCAGACCCCUCUGCCUGCACCCAGCAGCCUGCCCCAGGAAGGGUCAAGUGAAGAUGUCCGGAGGGAUCUGACUCCCAACUCUCUGGGGAACAACAGUGGCAGCAACCAGCCUGGAAGCAACCACCCAAACACACCCACCGCAUCUGCCACCACCAUGCAGCCCGGGCAGGUGGACUCCUCCACCGCGUCCGGCUCCAGCCUCCUUGGUGAGGGCCCGGGCACGGGGAUGCCGGGGAACGGGCAGGCAGGUCUGGGCCCCAGGAACCCCAUGAACUCGGAGGGCCUCUCGAAGGAGCAGCUGGAGCACCGAGAGCGUUCUCUGCAGACCCUGCGGGACAUUGAGCGCCUGCUGCUGCGCAGUGGGGAGACCGAGCCCUUCAUGAAGUCCAGCCAGAACGCGGGUGAGGGUGGGACUGCCCCUCAGCCACAGGCUGCCCCUGCCCAGCCCCCCGCACCCCCCACCGGCAUGAAGAAGUAUGAGGAGCCUCUGCAGUCCAUGAUCUCCCAGACCCAGAGCCUCGGUGGGCCCAGCCUGGAACACGAGGUUCCCCACCAUCCAGGUGCUGACAUGGGGCAGCAGAUGAACAUGAUGAUGCAGCGGCUGAACCAGGACAGCCUGACACCGGAGCAAGUGGCCUGGAGGAAGCUGCAGGAGGAGUACUAUGAGGAAAAGCGACGGAAAGAGGAGCAGAUCAGCAUCCAUGGCCGGCCCAUGCAGGAGAUAAUGAUCCCGCAGUCGAUGGGGAGCAUGAUGAUGCGUGGGCCCCCACCACCCUACCACAGCAAGCCUGGAGAGCAGUGGCCUCCUGGGAUGGGCAGCCAGCUGAGGGGACCCAUAGAUGUGCAGGACCCAAUGCAGCUGCGGGGAGGGCCACCCUUCCCGGGGCCACGGUUCCCUGGAAAUCAAAUGCAGAGAGUCUCUGGCUUCGGAGGGAUGCAGAACAUGCCCUUGGAUGCUCUUGGGCCCAUGAGUGCCAUGCAGAGGCCAGUCAGGCCCGGCAUGGGAUGGAACGACGAUAUGCCUCCUAUGGGAGGCCCCGGGAACUUUCCGCAAGGUACCCUGCCCUAUCCGGCAGGGCAGGGGGACCCCGAAAGGUUCAUGAAUCCCCGUGCCAGGGAGGAGAUGCUGCGGCAUCAGCUGAUGGAGAAACGCCCAGUGGCGAUGCAGAGGCCCAUGGGGAUGUCCGGCAACGCCAUGAGCCAGGGCAUGGAAAUGGAGAGGAUGAUCCAGGCCCACCGGCAGAUGGAUCCAUCCAUGUUUGCUGGGCAGAUAACAGGGGACAGCCUGAGCAGUGCCCCGAUGGGAAUGGAUUUUGCAGGCACUCGGGGCAUGCUGAGCCCCCCUGUGAGUCAGUCGGGCCUUCGGGACAUGGAUGCACCCAUGGGCCCCGGCAACCUCAACAUGAACAUGAAUGUCAACAUGAACAUGAACAUGAACCUCAACGUCCAGAUGACCCCGCAGCAACAGAUGAUGAUGUCGCAGAAGAUGAGGGGCCCCGACAUGAUGGCCCACCAGGGCAUGAGCCCUGAGGAGCUGGCCAGGGCCAGGGCUCAGAAUGGCAAUGGCAGCACAAUGCUGGGGGGACCCCAGAAAAUGAUGAUUCCUUCCCAGUUCCCCAACCAAGGACAGCAAGGCUUCUCCAGUGGGCAAGGGCCUUACCCCAACAUGCCCCAGGAGAUGGGCAGCGGCUCGGACAUGUUCAGCCCUGAGCAGGGUGCCAUGCCUGUUGGGAGCAUCAGCGGCACCACCAGGCUCAGCCACAUCCCUCUGCCUCCAGCCUCCAAUCCCGCUCCCACGCAAGGGGGGAACCUGGCCAGCAUGCACCCAGCACCGUCCCGGGGGCUGGGCCGCCGGCCCUCUGACCUCAGCAUCAACAUUAGCCAGAUGAACUCCCCCAGCAUGGGUCACCUCAAGUCUCCCACCCUCAGCCAGGUGCACUCACCACUGGUCACCUCCCCUUCUGCCAACCUCAAGUCCCCGCAGACACCCUCGCAGAUGGUCAGCAUGCCGCCUUCAAACCAGUCUGGACCCCUCAAGUCCCCCCAGGUGAUGAGCUCCUCCCUGAACGUCCGGUCUCCAACUGGCUCACCAAGCCGCCUGAAGUCCCCUUCCAUGGCUGUUCCUUCCCCUGGUUGGGUGCCGUCUCCCAAAGCCACCAUGCCCAGCCCAGGAGUCAACCAGAGCAAGCAGAGUCUCAGCAUGAACUCGUCUACUUCCAUGGGAGGACUGGAUCAGGGUUCACUCCCUUCUGGGCCUCGGAGCAGCUCUUCCGCACCAGCCACUAACACCUCUAGCACCAUGAAUCCCAACAUGCCUUUUACUUCCUCUCCAGAUCCAUCCCCCUCCCAGAACCCCCUCUCACUGAUGAUGUCCCAGAUGUCCAAGUAUGCCAUGCCCAGCUCCACACCGCUUUACCACAACGCCAUCAAAACCAUCGCCACCUCUGAUGACGAGCUGCUGCCGGACAGGCCUAUGCUUCCACCUGGGAGUAUGUCAGGUGUGACGGGAAACCAGCCAAAUCAACUGCACUUGAACUCCGUGGGGCCUGGAUCCUCUCAGAGCCCUAUGGGAAUGAACCUGCCUGGUCAGCAACUGCUCUCCCAUGAGCCACCCCCCACCUCCAUGAUGUCCUCCCCAAACCCUCUGGGCUCCAACAUUCCUAUGCACCCGAGCGCGCCAGGGCCAGGCGUGCCUCCCCAGAACCCCAUGAUGCUGCCCCCAGGGCCGCAGGACUCGAUGAACCAGCAGUGCGGCCCCGUGCCCAACAGUUCACAGAUGAUCCCUUCCAACCAGCUCGUGUUCCCCCGCAUGCAGCAGCCCCACAACGCCAUGCCAUCUCCCGCCGGGGGCAUGCCCAUGGCCCCUGGUGGUGGAGGUGGCCCUGGGAUGCAGCAGCAUUACCCACCAGGGAUGCCCUUGCCACCUGAGGACCUGCCCUCCCAGCAGCCUGGCCAGAUGCCCCCUCAGCAGCACAUGAUGGGGAAGAACAUCCCUCCUCGCAUCGGCGAGCCCUACCCAGCCGUGCUUCCUGGGGUGGCGUCGGUGCUGAACGACCCCGAGCUCAGCGAGGUGAUCCGCCCCACGCCCACCGGCAUCCCCGAGUUUGACCUGUCCAGGAUCAUCCCAUCGGAGAAGCCAAGCAGCACCUUGCAGUAUUUCCCCAAGAGCGACAGCCAAGCACCCAAAUCACAGCCUUCCAACCUCCAUCUCAUGAACCUGCAGAACAUGAUGGCUGAGCAGCCCCCGGUGCGGCCAGGUAUGAAUGCCCCCAGCCUCCCUGGGCAGCAGGGUGUGCAGAGGGGACUCGGCAUGCCCAUGUGUCAUCCUGGACAAGUGCCCAUGCUGGGCAGGACAGGCAUACCGCCCCAGCAAGGUAUGAUGGGCAACAGCAUGCACCAGGGCAUGAUGUCCCCACAACAGAGCCUGAUGGCCCAGCAGAAUUUCAUGCUGAUGCAGGCCAAGCAGAGGAGCAUGUCUGUGUCGGGGGAGAUGUAUGCCCAGACAGGACACAUGAUGUCACCUCAGGGCUCCCUCAUGGGGCCCCCGCCUCAGCAGAACCUCAUGGUCACGCACCAGAUGAGGCAGAGGAGUGUCUCCUUGGACAGCCAGAUGAGUUACAUCCCCGGGCCCGGGAACAUGGCAAACCUGCCUUUCUAACCCGGCCGGCGCUCAGCUGGGGAGGGGACAGGGCUGCCUCUGCAGACAUUUUUAAACCUUUCUGGGGGGACAGUUGGGGGCCAACGCCGGUGGAGGACACCACGUGGGAUGCUUUUCAGAUCGGAUUCGCCUCUACACAGAAAACCAGAUGUGCAGUAAACUUGAUGUGAAUUGGGUUUCUUUUUCCUUUCUUUGUAGGGAAGGGGAGGGUGGAGGGGCUGGGAGCAGGGCUGUCACACUGAGCCCUGCGUGGUGACCAGGGACAUCCAGACCCAGUGGCAGUUUGUAAAGUUUUCAGUUUUGGUUUUCCUCUGUCAAGUGUUCUUCCUCCCCUCCCCCCCCCCCCAUUUUUCCUUUUUUCUUUUCUUUUUUUUUAAUUUUUUGUUUCUUUUCCUUUUUUUUUUUCUUUUUUCCUUUGUAAACAAACAAAAUGUGCAAGAGGGUUUUUGGAACUAGCUGUAAAUAGGUCGCUGGGAAAGGCAAAACUUGUGCUGGUUUUUAA